CAGAUUCGCCAAUAGUAAAACAGCAAAGACGCGGGGUCGUUUAUUUUUAAGGUGGAGCUUCAGCGCACCCUGACAGCACAGAACGCCUAUCGGCGGCCGAGACUUCGCAUAGCAACCCCAAUGGCGCCGGCUGCGGGGCGGGGCACGUGAGUAGGGCAGUGGUGCUAUAGUAGUAGUACAGGAGCUGCCCCGCAGCGGGGAGAAAGGACUGUGUUCUUUAUUUUUACGUUUACAUUCUUUGACUGCUCUUCCACACGGAAACCCUAGUGGCGCCGGUUUUACGGCUUUGGAAAGUUCACCUGACGUCGUGCUGCAAAUAAUGGAGGGUCCCUGCGGGGAAGGUGACCUGUUUACAGUGAAACACGAGCUAAAGAACGCUAAUUUGACGGGCCAUGCAGAAAAAGUGGGAAUCGAGAACUUUGAGCUACUGAAGGUCCUUGGUACAGGAGCCUAUGGAAAAGUGUUUUUAGUAAGGAAAAUCAGUGGACAUGACACAGGAAAGCUUUAUGCCAUGAAGGUGCUAAAAAAAGCGACAAUCAUUCAGAAAGCCAAAACAGCGGAACACACAAGGACAGAGCGGCAGGUGCUGGAACACAUCCGCCAGUCUCCCUUCUUGGUCACCCUGCACUACGCUUUCCAAACUGAUACCAAGCUGCAUCUUAUUCUAGAUUAUGUGAAUGGUGGGGAGCUCUUCACACACCUUUCCCAGAAGGAGCGCUUUAAAGAAAGUGAGGUUUGCUUUUACAGUGGGGAGAUAGUCCUAGCACUUGAACACUUACACAAGCUUGGCAUUAUAUAUAGAGAUAUCAAGCUUGAAAAUAUUCUCCUAGACUCCAGUGGUCAUGUAGUUUUGACUGAUUUUGGGCUAAGCAAAGAGUUUGUGGUUGAUGAGAAAGAGAGAGCAUUCUCUUUUUGUGGCACGAUAGAGUACAUGGCACCGGAGAUAGUCCAAGGAGGUGACUCUGGGCAUGAUAAGGCUGUGGAUUGGUGGAGCCUUGGAGUCCUCAUGUAUGAGCUACUGACGGGAGCAUCACCUUUCACUGUAGAUGGAGAGAAAAAUUCACAGGCUGAUAUAUCUAAGAGAAUACUUAGAAGUGAGCCUCCUUUUCCUCAAGGACUAAGCCCUCAAACUAAAGACCUGAUUCAGAGGUUGCUAAUCAAAGACCCCAAGAAAAGGCUGGGUUCAGGACCUAAUGGAUCAGAUGAAAUUAAAACGCACCCUUUUUUCCAGAAAAUGAAUUGGGAAUAUUUGGCUGAUAAAAAGGUGGUACCGCCUUUCAAGCCUGUAAUUCGUGAUGAGCUAGAUGUCAGCAAUUUUGCGGAGGAGUUCACGGAAAUGGACCCAACAUUCCCUGCAGCUCUACCCCAGGAUUCAGAUCGAUUAUUUCAGGGCUACUCUUUUGUUGCUCCGUCCAUUCUGUUUAAACGUAAUGCAGUCAUAACUGACCCAUUCCAGCUACAUGUGGGCAUAGAACGUCCAGGCUCCAGUGCAGUGGCUCGGAGUGCUAUGAUGAAGGAUUCACCAUUUUAUCUAAAUUAUGAGUUGGACCUAAAAGAUAAUCCUCUGGGUGAAGGAAGCUUUUCAAUCUGUCGAAAAUGCAUUCAUAAGAAGACAAGUCAGGAAUAUGCGGUGAAGAUCAUCAGCAGAAGGAUGGAAGUACAGACCCAAAAAGAGAUUGCGGCUUUGAAGCUUUGUGAUGGCCACCCUAACAUUGUCAAGCUUUACGAAAUCUACCAUGAUCAGCUCCACACUUUCAUGGUACUUGAAUUGCUAAAAGGUGGAGAGUUGCUGGAACGCAUUCGUAAGAAGAAGCUGUUCAGUGAGACCGAAGCCAGUCGCAUCAUGCGCAAACUUGUCUCAGCUGUCAGCCACAUGCAUGAUGUUGGGGUGGUUCACAGAGAUUUGAAACCAGAGAACCUGCUUUUCACAGAUGAAAGUGACAACUCUGAAAUUAAAAUCAUUGACUUUGGGUUUGCUAGAUUAAAACCUCCAGAUAAUCAGCCAUUAAAAACCCCAUGCUUCACGCUGCAUUAUGCUGCACCAGAAAUUCUUAAGUAUGAUGGCUAUGAUGAGUCCUGCGAUCUGUGGAGCCUUGGUGUCAUUCUGUACACAAUGCUUUCAGCGCAGGUACCCUUUCCGUGUGAAGAGAAGAUGCUGACUCAUGCCAGUGCAGAAGAGAUCAUGAAAAAAAUCAAGCAGGGAGAUUUUUCCUUUGAAGGAGAAGCCUGAAAAGUGUUUCUCAGACAGGCGAAGAACCUCAUUCAAGAACUACUGAUUGUUGAUCCAGGUCAAGCCGAAUCAAAAUGUCAAGUCUAAGGGCAUAAUGAAUGGUUGCAGGAUGAACAGCCAUCUUUCUUCCACCCUCUUAUGACCCCUGGUAUUCUAGGAACUUCAGGUGCUACUGUGAACACAUAUGUCAAGGCAACAUUCCAUGCAUUCAACAAAUGCAAGCGGGAGGGGUUCUGCCUCCAGAACGUAGACAAGGCACCCUUGGCCAAGAGAAGGAAGAUGAAGAAGACCAGCACAAGCACAGAAACCCGGAGCAGUUCCAGUGAGAGCUCACACUCUUCCUCCUCACAUUCACUAGGCAAGGCAUCCCCCUCCAAGACGCUACAGCCAAAUCUCCAAACUGAGAGCAAUAAUGAAGCGGGACACACCAUCUUCCAGUUUGCACAGUGAGCUUGGGGCAUCUUACAACUCUCCAAGCGAGAGUGAAAAGUGCUGUGGUCAUCUUCCAGUAUGCUUAGCAAUAGUUAAGAUAGGGCUAUGCCAUGAAACACUAGCUAAGGGCUUGGCCCAUGGCCCCUUGCACUGCUGAAGAGGCCAAUGUGUCUUUUCUAUUUCUUACUCCAUCAUAUUUAUGAUCUUUACUAGGAGAGAACUCAUGGUUCUAACACAGUACAAACUGCCAAGGAGGCAAAAAGGAACUGUGUGGAAUUCAUGGUUUUUAAAGAACUUGUUUGAUAUUUUGUAUUGAAACUCCAGCAUUACAAAAAUGACUAGUUUCUAAUUGUUAUUUAUUUGACGUCACACCUGUUUUCUUCUGCUGGAUUGUCCAGAAUAUUAACAUCCCUCUUUAUAUUUUAAUCUUUAACAGGAUUUGAUUAUUAAGCAUAUCUGCUUACAGUUCUUUUUAUACUUUACACAAGGAUCUGGCAAGCAGGCAAACUAAUUUCCAACUCAUGUAGAAACAGGCUGGCCAAGACUGAGAGCCUAACUCUUAAUUUGUUCAAGAGUGAGAUAUUUUUUAUGAGCAUCUUUCUAAAAAGAGGAGAAUGUGACUUCAGGGGACACUGACAUUUCUGGCUCUGUUCUUUCCUGCCUGCUUGAAAAACAAAGGCAUUUCAUAAUCAAAGUAUUUCAGAGAUGCAGUGAAGAAAGAGAAGGUACCCGGCAGAGAAAAGUGUGAAAUGUUAUGUAAGUUUUAGAUGUGAGAGAUUUGGAAACCAAAUUCAGGUAACUGAUUUAAAAAUUGUUUUUAUGUAAUAAUGG